AUGCUCCCCGGCGCGGGCAUCCUGGCCUUGCUGCUCCGCUGCCUGCUGCUCCUCGUGGCCUCCGGCAGCCGAGCCCGGGCUCGGCCGGAUACGUUCUGUGAUUUCAACGGCAAGAAGUACAGCCCGGGGGAGAGCUGGCACCCCUACCUGGAGCCGCAGGGACUGAUGUACUGCAUCCGCUGCACCUGCUCCGAGAAUGCCAACAUGAGGUGCUACCGGAUCCAGUGCCCGGCUCUGCAGUGCGCCAGCCCCGUCACGGACCCCCAGCAGUGCUGCCCGCGCUGCCUCGAGCCAAACUCACCUUCUGGCCUCCGGGCGCCUGUGAAGUCCUGCCAGUACAACGGGACGACGUACCAGCAAGGCGAGAUGUUCACCACGAGCGAGCUCUUCCCCAGCCGCCAGCCGAACCAGUGUGUGCAGUGCAGCUGCUCCGAAGGACAGAUUUACUGCGGCUUGAUGACCUGCCCUGAGCUGUUGUGCUCCUCUCCUCUAACUGUGCCGGAUUCCUGCUGCCCGGUCUGCAAAGAUGGCUCAUACGAGAAGUCCACAGAAGAGGAACCCCUGCAAUUAAACAGAGGUGUUAGGCACUCGCAAGACCAGUGCUCGGGGGAAGUAAUGGGCAGGAAGCCGCUUGGAGCCACUGCGUCCACCCUCCUCAGUUCCUCCCUGGAGUUCAUUCCCAGGAGCUUCAAGCCCAAGGGAGGUGGUGGCACCACUGUCAAGAUCGUCUUGAAAGAGAAGCACAAGAAAGCUUGUGUUUACAAUGGGAAGACCUACUCCCAUGGGGAAGUGUGGCACCCUGUGUUCCGGCUCUAUGGCCUCCUGCCCUGCAUCCUGUGCACUUGCAGGGAUGGUGUCCAGGAUUGCCAGAAGAUCACGUGCCCCAAGGAAUAUCCGUGUGACUCUCCAGAGAAAGUAGAYGGGAAAUGCUGUAAAAUAUGUCCAGAAGCCAGAGUGAAACCCACCGAUGAAAUAAUCACCACCCGGUGUGGCAAGAACCCCMACCGUGUCCUGGUGUACAUGUUUGUGCCGUCGAGCUCGGAGACCUCCAAGGAGAUCCUCAGGACGAUUGCGAUCGAGAAGGAACCGUCAGAAGAAGUGGAAAUCUACAACUGGAAGCUGAUUAAAGGGAUAUUUCAUCUGACACAGACCAAGAAAAUCAGCAAACAGGAAUUCAAGCAAGAAGCGCAGAACUUCAGGCUGAUCACCAGGACAGACGAAGGUCACUGGAAUAUCUUCCGAGCCCAAACGUCAGACCUGAAGGUGACAGAAAGUCCAGAGAAGGAAACAAAGAACUUGUAA